CUUCUUCAUAAUAUGCCUUUGUUCAUAUAUUUGUGUACUCGUCCUAUCGCAUAACACUCACGCUAACAUUAUUAUUAUUCUCUCUCUAUCUCUCUCUCCUUCUCUCUGAGAGGACAGCUUAAAGAAGAACAAAAAUGGAGAUGAGACUUUUGAAGACUCGACUUCUGUUUCUGCAUCUUCACCAGCUCUACGUUCUCUCGAUUUUCCUUCUCCUUUUCUCACCAUGCUUCGCUUACACUGACAUGGAAGUUCUCCUCAACCUAAAAUCCUCCAUGAUUGGUCCCAAAGGCGACGGCCUCCACGACUGGCUUCACUCCACUUUUCCGGCAGCUCACUGUUCUUUCUCCGGCGUUUCCUGUGACAGCGACGCUCGUGUUGUCUCCCUCAACGUCUCCUUCACUCCUUUGUUUGGUACUAUCUCACCGGAGAUUGGAAUGUUGAACCGUCUGGUGAAUCUGACUUUAGCUGCCAACAAUUUCUCCGGCAGAUUACCAUCGGAGAUGAAGAGUCUCACCGCUCUCAAGGUUUUGAAUGUCUCCAACAAUGGAAACCUCAGUGGAAGCUUCCCCGGAGAAGUUGUCAAAGCCAUGGUCGAGCUUGAAGUCCUCGACGCCUAUAACAACAACUUCACCGGGUUAUUACCGCCGGAGAUCCCUGAGCUUAAGAAGCUGAAACACCUCUCUCUCGGCGGGAAUUUCUUCACCGGAGAGAUACCAGAGAGGUACGGAGAUAUCCAGAACUUAGAGUAUCUCGGCCUCAACGGCGCAGGGCUCUCCGGUGAGUCUCCAGGGUUCUUGUCUCGUCUCAAGAAUCUCAGAGAAAUGUAUGUUGGCUACUACAACAGUUACACCGGCGGUGUUCCGCCGGAGUUCGGUGGAUUGACGAAGCUCGAGGUCCUCGACAUGGCGAGUUGUACUCUCACCGGAGAGAUUCCGACGACUCUCAGUAAUCUCAAACACUUGCAUACUCUGUUUCUUCACAUCAACAAUUUAACCGGACAUAUCCCACCGGAGCUCUCCGGUUUAAUCAGCUUGAAAUCGCUCGAUCUCUCAAUUAACCAGUUAACCGGAGAGAUUCCUCAGAGCUUCAUCGCUCUCGGAAACAUCACUCUGAUCAAUCUGUUUAGGAACAAUCUCUACGGGCAAAUACCUGAGUUCAUCGGAGAAUUACCGAAACUUCAAGUGUUCGAGGUUUGGGAGAACAACUUCACGUUACAAUUGCCGGCGAAUCUUGGCCGGAAUAAGAAUCUGAAGAAGCUCGAUGUCUCUUAUAAUCAUCUCACGGGACUUAUCCCCAUGGAUUUGUGCAGAGGCGACAAAUUGGAGAUGUUGAUAUUAUCGAAUAACUUCUUCUUCGGCCCGAUCCCGGAGGAGCUAGGUCAAUGUAAGUCGCUAAACAAAAUCAGAAUCGUGAAGAAUCUUCUCAACGGGACUGUUCCGGCUGGUCUCUUCAACCUCCCGCUCGUUACGAUCAUCGAACUCACUGAUAAUUUCUUUUCCGGUGAACUCCCGGAAGCGAUGUCCGGCAAUCUUCUCGACCAGAUUUACCUCUCCAACAACUGGUUUUCCGGCGAAAUCCCAUCUGCAAUCGGUAAUUUCCCCAAUCUGCAGACCUUGUUCUUAGACAGGAACCGGUUUCGCGGGAAUAUUCCGAGAGAAAUCUUCGAAUUAAAGCAUCUUUCCAAAAUCAACACCAGUGCGAACAACAUCACCGGCGAGAUUCCCGAUUCAAUCUCCAGCUGCACAUCCUUAAUCUCCGUCGAUCUCAGCCGUAACCGUAUCGACGGAGAAAUCCCCAAAGAGAUCCACAACGUGAUUAACCUGGGAACUCUAAACCUCUCCGGCAAUCAACUCACCGGCUCAAUCCCAACCGGAAUCGGAAACAUGACGAGCUUAACCACUCUCGAUCUCUCCUUCAACGACCUCUCCGGAAGAAUCCCACUCGGUGGCCAAUUCAUGGUCUUCAACGACACUUCCUUCGCCGGAAAUCCUUACCUCUGUCUACCUCACCACGUCUCCUGUCUAACACGGCCAGGACAAACCUCCGAUCACAUCCACACGGCGUUGUUCUCACCAUCAAGGAUCGUAAUCACGGUAAUCGCAGCGAUCACCGCCUUGAUUCUAAUCAGCGUAGCGAUUCGACAGAUGAACAAGAAGAGAAACCAAAAAUCCCUCGCCUGGAAGCUAACCGCCUUCCAGCGACUUGAUUUCAAAGCCGAAGACGUACUCGAGUGCCUUCAAGAAGAAAACAUAAUCGGAAAAGGCGGAGCAGGGAUCGUCUACCGCGGGUCCAUGCCAAACAACGUAGACGUCGCGAUCAAACGCCUUGUUGGCCGUGGAACAGGAAGAAGCGACCACGGAUUCACGGCGGAGAUUCAGACGCUUGGAAGGAUACGUCACCGUCACAUCGUGAGACUUCUCGGAUACGUAGCGAACAAGGACACGAACCUGCUUCUCUACGAGUACAUGCCUAAUGGUAGCCUCGGAGAGCUCUUGCAUGGAUCUAAAGGUGGUCAUCUUCAAUGGGAGACGAGACACAGAGUAGCCGUGGAAGCAGCGAAAGGACUGUGCUAUCUUCACCAUGACUGUUCACCAUUGAUCUUGCACAGAGACGUCAAGUCCAAUAACAUUCUUCUGGACUCUGAUUUUGAAGCCCAUGUUGCUGAUUUUGGGCUUGCUAAGUUCCUAGUGGAUGGUGCUGCUUCUGAGUGUAUGUCCUCAAUUGCUGGCUCUUAUGGAUACAUCGCCCCAGAGUAUGCUUACACUUUGAAAGUGGACGAGAAGAGUGAUGUGUACAGUUUCGGAGUGGUUUUGCUGGAGCUAAUAGCUGGGAAGAAACCGGUUGGUGAAUUCGGAGAAGGAGUGGAUAUAGUUAGGUGGGUGAGGAACACGGAAGCUGAAAUGUCUCAGCCGUCGGAUGCUGCUACGGUUGUUGCCAUCGUUGACCCAAGGUUGACUGGUUAUCCAUUGACCAGUGUGAUCCAUGUGUUCAAGAUAGCUAUGAUGUGUGUGGAGGAUGAGGCAGCUUCAAGGCCUACGAUGAGGGAAGUUGUGCACAUGCUCACUAACCCUCCCAAGUCCGUGACUAACUUGAUCGCGCUCUGAUCCAACCUAGAUUGAUGAAAAAUAAGAUGUGUAAUGUAAACGAGUUGGUGAUAAUAUUUUUGGGGGGAUGCUUCUCCAUAUAUGGCUUUUACCUAUUUUUGAGUUUGUAUAUUUUGUUGUGUGACGAUUUGUAUAUUACCUCUUAUGUGUUCUUAUUAUCUACUCGAAUCUGUAAUGUAAUCAAAAUGCUUCUU